GAUAAAAUGUAUAUAUUUGGUUUGUUUAUUGGUGGUCCGCCUUUGCCAUGUGGAGCUGGAUAUUACAUGCCUUACAAUAUGACUGACGCCAUUACCGAAAGCUGUGUUGACUGCCAUAUCAUUGUUGAAGACAACUGGUAUUUGAUUGACUGCCUACCAUGCCCAGCCGGAGAGUACUGCCAAGGGACUGGCCUGGUUAAUCCCAGCGGGGUGUGUAGCCCUGGCUUCUUUUGUCCAGAAGGUUCAUCCCAGCCAUCUCCAUGUGCACCAGGUACAUAUGCCCCUGAACAAAACCAUACAACAUGUAUCACCUGUCCAGUUGGGUUUUACUGUAAAGAACAGGCUAGUGUAACUGCGGUCCCUUGUCCAUGGAAUAUUUACUGCAAGCUGGGAAGUAGUGCUCCUGUUUGUGACUUACUGCCGCACGGAUCAGAGGGCACUAAUGUUUCCAUCAGUUCAUCAAAAGACAAGGGUCACCCGUACACGACACGAACCACAGUGACUACUCUGAAGGCUGUAUGUGUUGACUGCCACCUCCCAGUUGUCUCCUACACAUGGAAUGUGCGACAAUGUUUACAAAGUCUCAGUAUGGAGGAGUGCCGGAACUGUGAUUUCCAUGUCCUUCAACAUAGCAGUAACUUGGACACAUUCACUCUUGAUGUACGUGCGGAAAAUAUUGCGCAUUGGGACUACUUUGCUGUUUAUGUCACAGUUACAUUCAACGAUGGAAGCCAGAGUCGGGCUUAUCAGACCUGGAAGAGUAUUACGGUCGCUAAUGACACCUACUGCCACACGGUGCCAUAUUCAGGGCUGACUGUGGCGGAGCAAUUCGAUAUUCUGUGUGAUAAGUUGCCUGUCCUUGAUCCUGUCAUUGUUCAAUACAAACUGAGCAUCCUCACAGAUGGUAUAGAGGUGAUGGCAAAUGUUGGGAGCAGUUGUAAUAUGACGGACUUGGUGCUGAUGUCCGGUAAACCAGAGGAAGACUUCAUAUUGCAGCUUCAUUACGCUGUUACAUAUUACGGCGACAUUGUGUGGGACACGCGCUUUCAAGCACAGGUGACGGAACCACCCGUGUUAACUGAAGAAAUGGUUCAAGAGAUGGAUAAUGUCACAAGCCAAGUGUCUUUUAAUGAUUCAGACUCAUUGUACAAUUCACUACUUAAAAUAACAGGCUGUGUACAUAUAAUAAAUCUGGACGAGGCACCUGAUCCUUCAGGUCAACCUAAACAUACAAUACAAACUGCAGAGGUACGCAGCCAUGUAAUCAACAAGCUGAGUGAGAUAGAUGCACAGGAUGCACAGCUAGUAAAUGCUCUCAGUUUUACACUCAGCACAGUCGUUAAAAAACCAGACCAAAUCACCAGUGAGGCAAAGACCCAAUCUGUAUCUAUAUACAGCAAACUGGUGAAAGCUUACAAGAAUUCAUCUGCUGAGGUCUCACAAACAGAUCUUGCUGGCACAGCUAGCCUUUUAGUGAGCGGAUUCGGAUCUCUGGUGUUCAACACAGUUAAUGAAACCAAAGAACAGAGUGAGGAAAACGAGGGGUCUACAAAGACACUCUUGUCCUUGGUAACGGACGUGAUGGAUGUAAUACAGACGGACCAGGAAGUGGAUGGCCCACCCAUCACCAUUGUCACCCCCUCAAUCUACCUCUCUAUGAACAAGAUGAAGCCCGGCAAUUUGACAAGAAUCUCCAUGGAGCCUGUGAAGACCAAUGGGUCAAAGAUCAGUCUAACCAUUCCUGAUGACCUUGACCUCACAGGCAACAAUGACUCAAUCUCCAUGCAGUACAUGUACACAAAGAAGAACCCAUACAGUUGGAAAGAGAGUGUCGCCAUUGUAACAUCAGGUGUCCAGUCUCUCACUCUUAAGGACUCUCACAACAAGCCAGUCCACAUGAACAACCUCAAGUCACCAUUGAAACUUGCAUUUGACUUUGAUGAUGUGGCGACAAGUGCCAAGAUUCCUUUCAAGCUGAUCAUCCAGAAACAGGGUAAGACAUUUGAUCAGAUUGUGAGACAUGCAAGGCCGGGUACCGCCACCUUCAACAUCACCCUGACCCGAGGAAACACCCGGACAUUCGUGCUCGACCUGCCACAAAACUUGUCUUCCAUAAAACUUGGCAUAAGUGAGGAGGGUGGAGUUGAUAUUGAAGAACUGCUUGCCACUGGAUUUAGAUACCCUGGAGACAUUGAGCUGAUAAAUGCUGUGUAUGGAAGAGGUAAUGGUGACGGUGGUAAUGUUUUGGACAACAUCACCAGGUACUGCCAGGAGUGUGAUCAUCGCUGCUGUAAAGACAACACUGCCUCCUGUAUUGGAAUAUAUGCCGGCUGUGGCAUGUUCUGUAGCCAUCUCCCAGAUAUCAGCAUGACAGCAAACUGCACUGAUUUGAACGAAGAUUUGACAGCAAAAGAUACCCCGGGCAAUGUAAUUUCAGGAAAAACCAUAUAUCUGUCAGCUCGUGAGCCAAAGCUGGAAGAAAGCAAUGUAACAUCUUAUGUACUCUACUUUACUGUGAGCGUUGACCUUACCGACACCCAAACUAGAGAAGAGUUGAUGUUACGUGAACAAGGCUGUCUGGGAAACGAGACAUUCAGUGAAUGUUAUGCACUUAUGGACCUGACUACCACCCUGCGGAGCUUUCACCUGGGAUGUUACUACUGGGAUGUUGAAAAGGAUGACUGGACACAAGAAGGGAUGCAGAUUUCUGACCAAAGUUUAUCAUCAUCAACAUCUAUUGAGUGUUUGACCUCCCAUCUGUCUUCAUUUGGAUCGUCUGUUCUUGUGGCCCCAACAUUUGUGAAUCCAAUAGAUGACAUAGCGCUAUUCCUGACGUUUUUUGAAAACCCUGUUGUGGUGACAGCCGUCAUCAUGCUGUGGAUAGUCUACUUCUUUCUUAUACACUGGGCCAAACGUUACGACAGGAGGGACGUCGAACAAGUGGGAGUAAUCCCGUGUAUGGACAACAAGCCAGAGGACCAGUAUGUUUACCUUGUAUGCUUCGUAACCAGCUGGUGGAGAAGUGCAGGGACAUCUGCCAAUGUCUACUUCUACAUGACAGGGACUGAUGGAGUGAGUGGAAGGAAGCAUGUGAACACUGCAGACCGAGUGUGCCUGCAGCCGGGGAGUGAAGACUGGUUAGUGGUCACAACAGAGCACAGCUUGGGCCACAUCUCCUCCAUCACAGUCUGGCAUGACAACACAGGAAGUAGUCCACACUGGUACCUGAAUCAGGUUCAUAUCAAGGAUGUUGAGAGUGGCUCGUCCUGGAACUACAUCUAUAACGACUGGCUUGCCGUGGAUAUGGGUUCCCUCCUCUCCACCACGGCUACCAUUGAAGCCACAUCAGAGGAUCAGAUGAGGAUGAAGCAGAAGUACCGGUUCAUGAUCCAGUCUAGCCGGGAGAUAAGGGAUGGCCAUUUGUGGAUCAGCAUCUUCUCCAAGCCUCCAGCAAGCCAGUUCACACGCGUCCAGCGACUCACGUGCGCCCUCUCCCUUCUGCUCUCAACUAUGUUGACCAACCUCAUGUUCUACGGCAUCCCCACAGACGAACCCACUGACCAGGUGAAGGCUGGGCCCUUCAGUCUCAGCCUAACACAGAUUGUUAUUGGAAUAGAGAGCAGUCUCAUAAUGUUUCCAGUGAAUCUUCUUAUGAUACAGCUGUUUAUGAAGGUCAAGCCACGAGAGCGAAAAAUGCGCCGCAAGAUGAAAGAUCCAGAUGAAACGUUCAUUGCCUCAUUCAAUGCAUCCAUGACUGAUAGAGGUUCUACUCGAGAAACAGUGUCUGCAAUGACAGCAGAUUUCGAUUUUAAAAACAUACAAAGGCAGCUUGAUAUUGAUCUGUUUCGUUCACUGUAUACAGAUGCUAUCGGAGACUGUAGCGAGGUUGAUCCUAACCUUGUCACAAAUCUGUUGAUUGAAAAUCUGCCAGACCGAUUUUCAUGGUCAGUUGCUGGAGAGGCCUUGGGUAUGAAUGUUGUGUUAGACAACCAAGGACAAUUUACACUGGCGCCUCGUGGAAAGGAUACUGGGAGUAAAGAAGAUCUUGCCCUGAAACCAAAUAGGUCUGAUCUAUCGCCCGCAGAUGGCUUUGACACGUCAGCAUUAAAGUUUGAUUCGUGUGGAGAUAUUGGUCACACAACUCGCAGUCCAACUAUCAGCAUGUCGGGAGAUGCUUCUUCAAAUACAGCCAGUGAGAUGAAGCGGUUUUCAACAGAAAACAUUUUUUCAGAGGAUAGGUGUGUCCUGGAUGAGGCUCCCGUUGUGGUGCGUGCAAAGAAAGACCCAAGAUUCCUACCAUGGUGGUUCCUGUAUGUGGCCUGGACAUUUGCUAUAUCAGUGUGUUUGGUGUCCUCCUUCUUUGUGAUGCUCUACGGCCUCAAGUUUGGCUACGCGCGCAGCAUUGAGUGGCUCGUCUCCUUCAUCACCGGAAUUUUGCAGAGUGUGUUUGCCCAACAACCCCUCAAGACGCUGGUCAUGGCAGUACUGCUGACGAUGAUAUUUAAAAAAGAAGUGGAGUUUGAGGAUUUUGGAGCAGACAUGGAACUGGACAAUGAUGAGGAAUACCUGUGUACAGUGAACCCUAAGCCUGACAGCCACCUGCCUGUUGUCCCACCCCUGCCUCAACGCAUGAUGGAAGCCAUCAAACAAAGACUAAAGCUUGAGGGGUUGAUGGACUUGACCAUUCGUGACAUGAUCCUUCACUUUAUCUACCUGACCGUGGUCAUCCUGAUGCUAACUGGACAUCGUAACAUCACCACUUGCUUUCAAACCACACGCGCAGUCCGCACUGUCCUGGUUGAUGCUAAAUAUGGCAUGCCACUCAAAGAGGUAAAUAGCAUAGGUGGUGUAUACCAGUACCUGGAGGACACUGUUAUCCCUGUGAUGAAGGUAGCCUCUCAACAUGGCAGUAGGGAGAUCUCUGCAGCCUCAGAAUUCUUUCUGGUUGGAUCAUACAGGCUUAGACAGCUUAGGGUUGGAGAUUCUUGUACAUCAAAAAUUAUCAAAGGACUUAUGGUUGGCUGUAAGCCGUCAUAUUCUCUCACUGGCGAGGACAGUGGUGACUACAAUAAAUCAUGGAGCAUCCCAUUGUUGGAUGAAGAUUAUGCUAUUAACCCAUGGAUUCACCAGUCUGGCUGGUCCCUGAAGACCCUUCCAUUCGUGGGCUCACAUGCCACAUACUCUGGGGGUGGAUAUGUCGUACCAUUGUCUGGCCAGGAGCAGCGGGAUACAGAUUCACUUGAGGACUUGGAAACCAGAGGAUGGAUUGAUCGAAAUACUCGUGCAGUAUUUCUGGAGUUUACUUUCUAUAACCCGAAUGUGGACAUCUUCACCGUGGGUGUGUACUUGUUUGAGUUUACCAACACUGGUGGAGUGUACCCAAGCCAUCAUGAAAUUUCUACUAGUCUACAUCACUACUCUAGUAGCUAUGGAAUGUUGGUGGCCCUAUGUGAAGGUCUCUUUGCGGCCUUCAAUCUUACUUUCAUCAUUAUUGAAGUGAAGAAGUUCAGAAAACAAGGAAAGUCUGAAUACUUUUCUAGCAUUUGGACAAUUAUGGAUUUAUGUCAGAUUGGAAUGGCUGUAGCUGUUGUGGUAAUGUUUGUUCAAAGGGUACUAGCUGUUGGAAGUGUGAUGGGUGAUUUCAAGUCCUCCAAGGGUGAAACAUUUGUCAGCUUCUAUCCUGCCGUUUUCUGGGAUGUUGCCCUUAUGUACAUGAUGGGUGGGCUUAUGACAACAGUCAUAUUAAAAACUAUCAAGUUGCUGAGAUUUAACCGCAAGGUGUUCCUCUUAUCGUACACUUUGUCGGCAGUCCAUUUGCAUCUGUUAUCUUUAAUACUCAUCUUCACCAUCACCACUUUCGCUUUUGCCGCGUUUUCAUAUCUACUGUUCAACUCCGUGUUCAGGGGCUACAAAACGCUUGGUGAUGCGUGGGUAUCCAAUGUAGGUCUGUUAAUGGGCAUGGCAGACUUUGUCGGUCUCUACGAGUACAACCAAAUCCUCGGUGUGGUCUUCCUGUUAAGUUUUGUGAUUACCGUCUAUUUUGGUGUGAUGACAUUUGUCCAAGCUAUUCUCAAUGUGGGUCGCAUAGAAGCAAAGGACAGAAUCAAGGGCAAGAAGAAUGAUCUGGAUCUCGUGAACUAUAUCACUUCAAAACUGAAGAUGUUUGUUCAACAGAAAUAAAUUGUUUCCAUCCUAAAAAUCAACAGAAGUAAAAUUUUGUAUUUGAAGUUAUACAGUAUCAAACAGUUUCCUACCAGUAUUUAAAGUUCAACUGAUAUAAACUGUGUAAAGUUCAAUAUAAAUAAACUUGUUUCCUAUUUUAAGUUCAAGAGAAAAAAAACUGUUUGCUAUAGAAUGUUCAAUAGUUGAAAACUGUUUCCUGUAUAAAAUUCAACAGAAAAAAAAACUGUUUCCUAUUUAAAGUUCAACAGAAAUAAACUGUUUGCUAUAGAAAGUUCAACAGUUGAAAACUGUUUCCUGUAUAAAAUUCAACAGAAAAAAACUGUUUCCUAUUUAAAGUUCAACAGAAAUAAACUGUUUCCUAUUUAAAGUUGAACAGAAAUAAACUGUUUCCUAUUUAAAAUUGAACAGAAAUAAACUGUUUCCUAUUUAAAAUUCAACAGAUGUAAACUGUUCCUUAUUUAAAAUUCAAAUGAAGUAGACAAUACCUUGCCAAAUAGGAAUCAUCUGUUUCAGUGUAUAAAGAACACAAUGAGUUGAUGUUAAUGUUUAUCUGUUUUUGUUUUAUUUGGUAUUUUAUUAUGACGUUUGUUAAAUUUGCUGUGUGUUUCACAGUUACAUCAUUGAUUUAGACAAUUCUGGAGAAGGGAUAUGAUGAGACUGUGAACAUUACAGAUCAUGUAUUUAUUGUUGGACACAUAUUUAAAAUAAUCAUCCACCUUUAACUUUAUUAGCACAUGAAAAUGUCAAUGUAUUAUCAUAGCCUUUGUUAUGUCAGCAUGCAAAUAUUCUUAUUACACUUUACAAAAUACGUAUAAGUAGAAAAAAUAAAUAAACAAUCAAUGAGAAGGUGAUCAUGUUCUUAUAAACAUUUAGUAAGAAUUUACUAUUCUUUAACAAAGAUACAUAAUUUUCUAAGUUCUGUUCUAUUAGUUGAAUUUAAUAACUGGACAUACUUAAUCACUGACGGUUUUAUAGUGAUUAAGUUAGUAUUCUUUAUAUAGUUCCUUCUAAGAGCAUCACUGUAAGAACAGAUACAUGUAAGGUUAACACGUAAUGCUGACUUAAAUGAUUGUUGGGUUAUGCUCCUUUUCGAAUGAACAAAGAACAGAUGGCCAUUAAUUGGCAUUUAUGCAUGUUUUACAACAUUCUCUGUAACUGUUAACAAAAUAAGUUUUAGAUGUUAUCAGAAAAAAAGAGUUAUUUUUAUUGUCAUAUAGAUCCAUGUAUUAUGUUAUUGAUAUGUUUAAAAGGGACUAGGCAUCAAAUAUGGUCCAAAAUCGGCUUAUACAUUACUUCCUCAAAACAAACAUAAAAUUGUCAAUGCAAGCUACUAGGAGGCUGAUAAGACAUCACACUACAUUGUGGUUAAAAUUUUGAAGAAAAAAACAUGCAACAUUCAUGUUGCUGUCUCAUCAGUGUUUCCCCGUUUAAAAUAGCGCAAAUAAAUUAGUUCCCCAGUUAAAUCAUAUCUGGUAAUGAGUACAGAUAAAUAUACCGAUGCUAUUUUUAAACUUGGUGGGAUUUACGUGGUAGACAACCCUAUAUAUAUGGUUGUAUAGUAAAUUUCAAAUUGGUAAAAAACUGCAAAAGAUGCGUGUGUUAUAAGCAGUGUGAUACAUCAGUAGGCCGACAAUUCAAUUCAAUUCAAUAUACACAACGAUGUCAGUUUUAUUUACGUUUUUGACGUUUUUUCUUUUUUCUUGCAAUUGUAUUAUCAGACGGUGUCUAACCCCUUUAAUGUGCAAUUGAAUAUAUAUUUAUCCAAUAAAUGUUUUAAACCUCGAUCCUGUACAUGUUUGUACAGACAUUUUCUUAAUGAAUGUUUUCCUAGUUUAAUCUUGAAUAAUGUUAAUGAAAGUUUGUUAGUUAAUCAAUGUUAUUUCAACAGUUCGUAAAUAAAUCAUGGUUUCAAAAAAUAUUGUUUUUUAUACUGUUAUGAUAUAAUGACACCCAUAAGUAGACAUGUAAGGGGGUAUUCACUGUAAAUUUUAAAUUAUCACUCAUGGGCACACCUGAAGCAUUUUGAACUGUACGCCCACAUACGUUAAUGAGCCUUCGACAUGUAUAAGCUGCACUCUCACAGAUUUACGGUUUUUACACCUUUUUUAUUUUUUUAUUUUUUACUAGUUUUUAAUUCAAUCAGUAAGAAAAAUACGGUGCGUUUUAAAUGCACAUUUAACACACUCUUGAGAAGGGAUAGUAAUGAAAGAAUCGUUUUUAAUGCAGUAGUAUACAUGUACCAUACGAUUAUUAAGCAGUACAUACAUCCAUUAAGUGAUUUCGAUAUUAUGUAACUUGGCCUGGUGACCUAUGAGCUGGUGUGACCCAUUUCAUCUUGACCUAGAUUUCUGAAAGACAAUCAUUCUGGGUCUGUUGUAUGCUGAUCAGAUGAAAUUUUAUCCGCAAUGCUUUUAUAUGCUUUGACCUGAAAUGGUCUUGCUUUUGACCUGACACAACCCAUGCUCAAUAUAAUUUAUAUUUGAGGGCGAUUUAUACAUUCACAGCCUUCUUUUACUUCUUUUCCCUUCUUUUUUGUUAUGCUCCUACUUUUUCUUUUUUGUAAAAAUAUUUCGAGAAAUAAUAGAAAAGUUUAAACUAAAUGCAUUACUUGAAAUGGUCUAAAUCUUGAUUUUAAUAAGAAGCAAUUUCUAGUAUUUUUUGUAUGAUAAAUCUGAUGCAGUAGGUCUUCAUUGCUGCAAGAGGGGUUCUAUGAUGAGAAUGAGUGGUGCAUGUUCGCUAGUCAGAGACACUCGUUCCAGGUUCAUCUCCUUAUCCUGUGGCUUGAAGCACCUUCUAAGCAAAGAUAACUACAUGUACAAUACAAUUAAUGAAUAGGUUUAGUUGUCAUUUAUUUGCAUCCGAAAAGGUAAUUGAAGAGCCCUACUAUCCAUACUUUUUGCUCUUAAUAUCCCUAUUUUUCCCUACUUUAAAUUAAAAUAAUUUUGAAGAAAAAAACAUGCAACAUUCAUGUUGCUGUCUCAUCAGUGUUUCCCCGUUUAAAAUAGCGCAAAUAAAUUAGUUCCCCAGUUAAAUCAUAUCUGGUAAUGAGUACAGAUAAAUAUACCGAUGCUAUUUUUAAACUUGGUGGGAUUUACGUGGUAGACAACCCUAUAUAUAUAGUUGUAUAGUAAAUUUCAAAUUGGUAAAAAACUGCAGAAGAUGCAAGUGUUAUAAGCAGUGUGAUACAUCAGUAGGCCGACAAUUCAAUUCAAUUCAAUAUACACAACGAUGUCACUUUUAUUUACGUUUUUGACGUUUUUUCUUUUUUCUUGCAAUUGUAUUAUCAGACGGUGUCUAACCCCUUUAAUGUGCAAUUGAAUAUAUAUUUAUCCAAUAAAUGUUUUAAACCUCGAUCCUGUACAUGUUUGUACAGACAUUUUCUUAAUGAAUGUUUUCCUAGUUUAAUCUUGAAUAAUGUUAAUGAAAGUUUGUUAGUUAAUCAAUGUUAUUUCAACAGUUCGUAAAUAAAUCAUGGUUUCAAAAAAUAUUGUUUUUUAUACUGUUAUGAUAUAAUGACACCCAUAAGUAGACAUGUAAGGGGGUAUUCACUGUAAAUUUUAAAUUAUCACUCAUGGGCACACCUGAAGCAUUUUGAACUGUACGCCCACAUACGUUAAUGAGCCUUCGACAUGUAUAAGCUGCACUCUCACAGAUUUACGGUUUUUACACCUUUUUUAUUUUUUUAUUUUUUACUAGUUUUUAAUUCAAUCAGUAAGAAAAAUACGGUGCGUUUUAAAUGCACAUUUAACACACUCUUGAGAAGGGAUAGUAAUGAAAGAAUCGUUUUUAAUGCAGUAGUAUACAUGUACCAUACGAUUAUUAAGCAGUACAUACAUCCAUUAAGUGAUUUCGAUAUUAUGUAACUUGGCCUGGUGACCUAUGAGCUGGUGUGACCCAUUUCAUCUUGACCUAGAUUUCUGAAAGACAAUCAUUCUGGGUCUGUUGUAUGCUGAUCAGAUGAAAUUUUAUCCGCAAUGCUUUUAUAUGCUUUGACCUGAAAUGGUCUUGCUUUUGACCUGACACAACCCAUGCUCAAUAUAAUUUAUAUUUGAGGGCGAUUUAUACAUUCACAGCCUUCUUUUACUUCUUUUCCCUUCUUUUUUGUUAUGCUCCUACUUUUUCUUUUUUGUAAAAAUAUUUCGAGAAAUAAUAGAAAAGUUUAAACUAAAUGCAUUACUUGAAAUGGUCUAAAUCUUGAUUUUAAUAAGAAGCAAUUUCUAGUAUUUUUUGUAUGAUAAAUCUGAUGCAGUAGGUCUUCAUUGCUGCAAGAGGGGUUCUAU